AUGGCGUCGCUGGUGGCCUCGCCCAUGCAAAUGCAGGAAACACCUCAGCAAUGGCCGCCACAACAGACAGCUCACGCCAGCCCGCGUGCCGUGCUUCCUCGCCCCGAGCCCCGGAACCCGAUCACAGAUGAGGAUUUCCGGGAACAUCUGGCAAGACUCGGCACCCCGACAGAGAAAUUUCAGCCUCAAGAGCACAGCGUCGGACGACCGCGUGAGUGCGAGCUUGCGGCACCGAAGCAACAGAAUCACGCGCCAGAAGACUUCGAGAGGGCCCAGAGAUAUUACAGAAAGUACCAUAAUGCUUGGAAAAACUUCCAUUCGGCGAAAUCGAGGCUUGAGGAAGCAUCCGCUCAAGAGAAAGGGAGGUUGCAAAAACUGACUUUGAAAAACGCCGAGCUGCUCAAGAACGCGAGGGAGGACUACCUGUCUUUCAAGCGGACCGGGUUACCCCUGAAAAGCGGUGCCAGCCCUGAACAAAGACAAAAGAGGCUCAUUUUUCUGCGAGAAAGACUCGAAAUUUCGCGCCAAAAAAUCAGCAAGACGGAGGAAUUCCUUUCCCAAGGGAAAAUCACCCCAGAAGAGGCAGCUGCAUCGCUCCAGCGUCAGAACCACUGGAAGUCGAAGAUUGAGGGAGAGAUUGCAGAUAUCGACUUCGAGAUUCAGCAUGAUGGCAUCCUCCCGAAUGAUGGCACACUCGCCUCUGGACACGCAGACACAGACAACGUACCUCCUGCCGACGCAGGGCUUCUCAGCCAGGAGGACCCCAGCGACUAUUUUACGAAGAGUAUCUCCGGUUUCACUAAUGAAUUUCAGAUGGGACAGACGCCCAAUAUGUCUCUUCCUCCUCAGCAGCUGACCAUUCCCUCAGCGGCCACAUAUGCUAAUGUGAAUCUAGUCGCCCAGGGGAACCCAGACAAUCACAUAACACCUCCUGCAUGCGUAGGGCUUUCCAGCCAAGAAAUCGCCAACAACCUUUUGGCGAACAUUGAUCCUGAUCUCAUCGCUGCACCAGACCCUACGGGGCUGAUGACCUGGGACUGGGAGACUUGA